AUGAGAGGGCCGCCAACGUCGAGACCAGUUGCGCCACAGUCCGCAAGUUACCGAGAUGUUGUCGCUUCCCCCCGGCGAUGGGAGAGCAGUGCAGGCGAGUCGCGGGAGGGGCAGCGGGGCGGGGCCGAGGCCGGAGGCAGCCCCCGGGGCGGGCAGACGCCGGAGCCCGCGCGGGGCCAAACUCGCCCCGGACGCGCCUCGGCGGGGGCGCGCGGCUGCGAGUGUGCGAUGCGCGCGCGCCGCGGCGAGUGCGUCUGUCCCCGCUUUCCCCUUCCUUCCCCGUCAGUCCUCUGGCCAGAUAGAGCGAUGAGCUGCAGCCGGAGACCCAGCCGCUUGGAGCGGCUCCACCGCCGGGUGCAGCCUCGCCGCGGCGCGUUCGGGAACCGGAGGCCGGGAGCAGCGGCGCCCCGGGCUCGAGCGCGGGUCCCGCUGCGGUGCGCCUCGGAGUCCGAGCGGGGUGCGGAGAGAGCCGGCUGCGUGGCUGCUGCCACGGCUCGGGGAGGCUGCAGGCCCCGCCCGCCGGCCGCCAGGCUCUUCCCCUUUUCUCUCCACCCCCUUGCUCCAUCCCCGCACGCCCUGCAGGGAAGCCAGACCGGUUUGCAGCACCCGCAGCGGCGGGAGCUUGCAGCCGGGCCGGGCGCCCCAGUCGGUGAGUGAGGACAAGGCGCCCGGUCCGGCUGCCGCUCGCUCAGGAUAGCAAGCGGGGUUGGGACGGGCCCCUAGAAUAACCUAGGGGUUCUGACUGUCUUGAAGGCUUGCGAAACUGGGCUGUGUUUGAGAUAGGGCGGCCCCCUUAACUUGGACCGCGGAACUCGGCCUCGCUGAUGGCACGCCCGCUGAACUCUGCGGCGAAGCCCGCACUUGAGCGCCCGGGGUUGACUAGGAAGGGCCAGGCCGGGAUUCCAAGGCGACGGUUGCUCCCCUUCUAAGACAUCCCUGGGUUGGUGAACCGCCGUGAGUUUUGUUUGCAAUGAUAUUCCCUUAGUUCUCUGCAAAUGAACACCUCUUUCCAGGUUUGUAAUGCUUUGUGCCUCUUAUCCCUCGCUUUGGGUAAGUUUGUUAUUGUUUAAUAACAGCCUGGAAUCAAGUGCAAUAAUUCAUUUAUAACACAAAUAUCAUUUUCGUUUUUUAACUUUACUGAGGUAUAGUUGGAAAAUUAUUAUCUUCAGCUGUUUUCUCAGCCUAAUUCUUCCAGAUGUGUCUGGCCAUUACUGGGAGUUUGGGGGCAUCUCUGUUUAGAACCCUGUGACCUGUGUCUGGUUUUAUCCUGGCAUCCUAGGUUCUUCGAAGCUAGUCCAGCUUGCUCACUUUACAAAUGAGGAAACUAAGGCCCCAAGACAUUAAGUGACCCAAGGACCAGAACACAGUUUCCUAGACUCCCAAUUCCUGAAUAAUAAAUAACAGAAACACUGUAUUAACAAAGUUCUAGAUGGGGCCGAUAGAGGGGGUGGUGGAGGGCAGAGGAACAGGACAGAACCGUUCAUCUGACUGAUGUGAGUCACUGCCCAGGGGGCAGCAUCACACCACUGUAAGUGGGGGAUCUGAGCAUGGCAUCCCAGUCUCUUCCUCAGACUGCAGUUCUGAGAUCCAGAGUAGAAAACUAAUCUGCUUCCCAGAGAGGAGAUGGUAGUAAGAGAAAAUGCAAAGUUGAUUCCUAGUAGUGCAGGGGAGGUUAAGGUAGGUAAAACCAAAUUUCAGUGAAAUUACAGGGGAUCAAAGGUGGUCAUUCUCUUACACAUAACUGCCCAAGUACAUGUGUACACACACACACUCUUUUCCUAUUAAAGAGCCUGGUAUUGACUCCCGUCCAUAAAUCAAAAAUUCAAACAGCCUUAGGUUUCCAGAAAGAAGCCUCAAAGCAGACUGCUCACUGACAAUUAGAAAGCUAAGUCUAUGAGAUAAGAUUCUAAGGAACUCUGAGAGCCUUAAGAUUGCUUCAUUACUAUGAUUUAAUUAAUGGAAUGAAAGACCAUGUAGUGUAUGGCCUGAUAUUUCUUCCUGAUUCUGUCUCUAACUCUAUUAACAGGAAUUUAAUUUCCAUUCCCUAUUGGAAAUAAAACAUCAUCAAUAUCAAUUCAGACUUGGCCAGAAAAUCUGGAAACCUAUUUAAAAAGUCAGGAAAUGCUUGUCUAAUUAUUUUACUUAACUUUAAGUGCAAUUUUUCCAAUUGACUCCAGAUCUCAGUCCAAAAUCUUAAUAAUGCUAUUUAAUAUUCCCUUGCAUAGGUUCCUUGUAGCAGAUUUGAUAGUAUUAAUGGCCCCCAAUAAGUGGCUUCCCUUUAUCCAGGGUCUUUGCCUCUAACUUUGUAAUCCCUUUCCACUCUGGACUCAACCGAAUGAUUUGCUUUGCCAAGAGGACAAGAGCAGACUUGAGGUAAAUGAAGGCUUGUAAAAGUUUGUGAGUUUCUGCUUUGACUCUUAGAAUUCCAACUUUACCAGGAGAGCGAGCCUGCUGGAGGAUGAAAGACCCUGUGGGCCAGAGCUGCGUCAUCAUUCUUGAGGCCAUCUUUGACCCACUGGCCCUUAGUUGGCUGCAGAGGCACAAGCACUUCCAAAGGAGAUGGGCCAUCUUGGUCCAGCUCCUCAAAACUACCGCUCAACCCAUUAGAUUCAUAAGAAAUACAAAUAGUUGUGUUUA